UAAUUAAAAUUGAUCGCUGUAUUUCAAUUGAAAAUCUUAAGAAUCAAGAAUCAAUAUGGACUGUUUUUCUUUAAAGAAACUUAAAAAACAAGAAGUUAAAUUAUUAUUACUGGGCACAGCUGGUUCUGGUAAAUCGACUUUUAUACGGCAAAUGCGUAUUCUAUAUGACAAUGGCUACAGCGAUGAGGAAAGAAGGCAUUAUAUUAAAUUGAUACAUGAAAAUAUCUUAACUUCUAUGCAAAAUAUGAUAGCUGCCAUGGAAUCAUUAAAAAUCGAUUAUGAGAAGAGUAACAAUGCUACAAAAAACGUUAUGCUCAUUAAGAAUAUAAAUUCCGAAAGUAACGCCUGUUUGGAAGAUCCCUAUUUGACAGUAAUUAAAGAACUAUGGAACGACAAGGGCAUACAAAACUGCUAUAUGCGACGUAAUGAAUAUCAAUUACACGAUUCCACUAAAUACUAUAUGAACGAAAUUGAUCGCAUUGCAUUGACCGAUUAUAUGCCCACGGAUCAGGAUAUAUUGAGAGCGUAUAUACCGAGUACGGGUUUAAUUAAGUACCCGUUUAAAGUGAACAGUCGAAAAUUUCGUAUGAUAGACGUGGCUGGCUCAAGAUCGGAGCGAAAAAAAUGGUGUAAUUGUUUUGAAUAUGUAGGAACCAUAUUAUAUUUCGUAGCCAUUUCGGAAUAUGAUCAGGUUCUAGAGGAGCACGAACAAUCUAAUCGUCUUAAGGAAUCUCUAAACGUUUUCAAAACCGUUACAAAUAAGUUUAAUGAUAUACCAAUUAUAUUGUUCUUUAACAAAGUCGAUUUGUUUGAAGAGAAAAUUAUGUACUCACAUUUGGAAGCGGUUUUUCCACAAUUUAAGGGACCCCGAUGUGAUAGCAAAGCGGCUCUUCAGUUUAUAGCGGAUAUGUUUUUAGAAGUGCGAUCGCAAACGUUCUAUUAUCCUACCUGCGCCACAGACACCGAUAAUAUUAAAAUCGCCUUUAACGCUUUAGAGUUUUUAAUGGUUUAAG